ACUACUUCCUGUGCUGGGUUGCAAAAAAAGGACUAGCAGUUUAAAGUCAAAAUGAACAACAAAUUUACAUGGUCAUUGGUCAUCCUAACUAUUUUUGUUUCUCAAGUGGAAUCCAAAGACAUAAAGUGUAGCGGGUUAAAGCUAGAACGUGUUGGAUGCUAUAAAGAAAACACCAAAAAUCGUACCCUCUCCCAUUUGGUCGUCAAUUACAGAAAUCAAAUUGACUGGAAAAAUUAUGGAAAAUUCUUCAAAAAAUUCGCUUGUGAUUGCGCUAAUAAAGUCCURAAACAUGGAUACCGUGUCAUGGGGCUGCAGUUCUAUGGUGAAUGCUGGUCAAGAAAAGAUGCCAAAAAUAGAUAUGCGAAAUAUGGUACAUCUAAGAAGUGCGUCAAUUUAAAGUAUAAAGAGUGUCAGAAUGGUAUGGACUGCGUUGGGAAAGAAGAAACAAACUUUGUUUACAAAGUGCAAAAAGAUUUACCCUCUCCAACUCUAAAGCCGACAACGCCUGGUGUUCGCUCCCCCAAACCUUCUGGAUCGGGUACCAGCACCGCCAAAAAACCUCCUUCGCCUACAAAGGUCCCAACCCCCUGUUCUCAACCUCAACCUUGUCAGCCAGUAGUAUACGUUUCAUCAGUAGUGCCUGGACCUUAUGCACAGAGUUCAUCCAAUGGAGCAAUGGUGCACCUUCCAUCUUGUGGUCCAAAGUGCUCACCACAAUGUGUUCCUAGUUGUAAUGUAGGGUGUUGCCUAUCUCACUAUCGGGGUAAACCAAUGCAGAGACAAAAUAGAUGCAGACGAGGCUGCCCAACAAAGUGCGCACCAAAAUGUCUGCCAGGAUGCUGUCGUCUGUUUGGUGGAUUACACAAGGAUUCAGCAAUAAGCAAACACACUGGACCUAGUCUAGAUGAUGAAUAGUGUACAAGCAAUACUACGCUAGCARUGAUUCGAUACCAGUCCACAGCAAAAUGUCCAAGUGCUGAGACAAAUCAUAUUUAUGUUUUCCCUUUGCUUAUUGUUUUACCGAGUGCUGUUUUAUUUACUGAAGUCUGUUUUACUGGCAAGUGGUGAAUACAAUAUUGAAUCAUAGUGGAGUACUAUGCCUUAGGGGGAGCCGGUGGGUUCCUGGGAGAAAUAUAUCUAUUCUUCAUUCCCAGCCAGCUGUAAUUUACAACUGGUUGCCAGCGAGAAAUUCAGGAAAAAAGAAGAGAACUCUCCAGGCAAGGAAUGCUAGGAAUGCUUUCUAAGAAAGUUUGCCAGUAAAACAAUUCCUAACUAAUAAAACGUAUUUGCCGUUUUUKACCUUAAGAAACGUUUGCAGGAACAACAUUAUUUUAAAGAAGAAGGAAAGGCGUCACAUUUGCUUCCAAAAAAGAAUGUUUACAAGCCUUCAUUAUUAAAUUUAGGAACAGAUAAAUUAUUUGUAUUUAGAAAGAGGAGAAUGAAUUCAAGAGAGAAUUUAAGUAAGUCUUCACCUAAGCUUGAGUCCAUUCUUAAAAGUGAUAGGAAACUGUCUACGCAUGAUCAUCAAGGAAAAAAGGUGUCGUUUUGUUCUCUUGAAGUACAAAAUAACAAUAGUUUACAAAACAAUAGUGCAGACAAAUUUAGAGGUGGCAAAGAGGCAAGAAGCACUCUUCCCGCCGGAAGAAUGAACACCCAGCAUCUUGAGUUCCCACUGUCCGCUAAGAGAGAUUCCUUUUCGAGGUUCAAGCCAAGACACAGGAUCUUUACAAAUGAACCUGUUGGAAUGGAUGGAAAAAUAACAUACGAAUUUAAAGAUUACGAUAUGUGGUCUCG